UGUCAGGAAAGAGAGAAAUCAAGUGGAUUGUUUCACCCGAGCACCAAAAUCUGGAUCAAUGCAAACCACAGCGCCUUUUCCUCAAUUGGACUCAUUUCCAAAUCAAGUCUCUAAAAAAGAGCAGCAACUUGAUUAUCAAGUAAAUGCUCAAUUGCAAAAGCAGGUACACUUUGUUGAUGACUGGUCAUCACAGCAGACUCGUGUCAACAGCAAAAGAGAAACGUUUACAUCCACUUCCCGUCAGUGUAGUGAAAACCAUGAGAUCACCGCCCCAGCAAACCUGUUCAAAGUCAUACUAGAUAUGUCUGUGAAGACAACAACCCUGCCAAAAUCGCAAAGUAAUGAGACAAAUCAAGUGGGAUGUUUCGCCGGAGCUGGGUCAAUACCAUCAGCAACAUCCUCUCCUCAAAUGAGCCUUCUUUCAAAGCAAAGCCACAUUGAAAAACGGCAACUGAAUUAUGCUAACGUUCAGAAUCAACCACAUGGACCCUUAGUUGUAGACUGUUUGGCACACCAGACUCAUGUCAACAGCAGAAGACCACCAUUAACAUCUACUUCAUGUCAGUCUCUUAAAAUCCAUGAAAUCAAUGUGCCGGAAAACCCCAUUAAAGCAACACUAGACAUGUCUGCUAACACAGCAAUAUGCUCAUCAAAAGAGUACAAAAGUGCGUCAAAAGACCCCAAUCUAUCCAUUGAAGCACUUGCACUGACAAAGAGAAAAACAGUCAGUCCUGAGAGAAAACACCCAAGUCAUCAGGAGUCUCUUGACUUGUCACAUAGAGAAGUAACAGAUGUCUUAGAACAUUCUUUCACUGUUGAUUCUGCUGAAAAUCAUAAAAAACAGUUAGUUAGGACAGAGGAUAUUGAAAGAGAACACAACAAGACCCUGUCACAUCUGUGGUGUUCUUUUGAUCAAUCUCCAGAGCAAGCUUCAGCACCAGCCAAUUCCAUCAAGGCUGUGCUUGAUAUGUCUUCGAAACCCACCGACAUAGAAAUGAUCGUACCUGACACAAGAAUGAAAAAUGCUCUGAUAAAAGGAAUUCCCUUAACCAAAGGAAAACAGACCGCCCGCCAGCUGGCACGUAAAAGUUCUGUUGGUAUUGCACUUGUCAAAGACCUUCCCUCUGAGGAAUCCCACGAGUGGAUUCAGUAUCAAGAACAGUCUCAACCAAGUUCCGCGUUCACCCCACCCCAUCUUUUUUAUUCAGAGUCUGUAUCACCAGCUAUGGCUCAAGGAUCCACAUUCGUAAAUCCCACCAUGGGAGCUCCACUGGAUAUGUCACCCAAACUACCCCAGAACACACCCAUAAAAGCCCCAGCAUCUUCUCAUGCUCUUCUUGAAGCAGUUUCACUCAUUAAUAAGCCAAGUGCGAGAGUGAUAGCAAGGAAAGACUCUGUUGGGCUUCCACUCAUAGUCCAACUAGAAUCUCCGUCCCAUAAAAUACCUCCAGCUGCUCCUCAGCAAGGGAGGACCCCCCUGAAUGGACUGAACACAACAGAGACCCUGCAUGGCCAGAUAUCCAUCUGCCAUACUAAUGAAUUUUUGUCCUCCACAUACAAGCAAUUCCAUCAUGCAAACAAACCAGUGAACUUCUCUGCAAAUGAAAGCAUAAAUAAAACCAACAUUUCCAGGAUUGACACCGAACCAGGAGAUGGACUCCCCUUAAAUUUCGCCAAUGUCAAUGCAAGGAAAGAAGAAUUUCAAAGAGAGGAAUCUGGGAGGCAAAUCAGCAAGAUGAUCCAAGGAUUAAUGGACCUGACUGUGGAUCCUCAUAUUAAGUCCACAAAUAGUCCAAGUCUGAAUGCAAAUGAUCUUUCCAUGCCUUCUUUGUAUCAAAGCUGUCUUUACCAGGAACAGGAGUACAGAACAGCUCACACCCUUCAAGAAAUCUUUACAAACUCACACCGUGAUCACACUAACACUCAGUCAGCUAUGACUGAUCUUUCAGGAACAGACCUUCGAUUCAUAUCAAAGUCUGACAUUCAAGUUCCGCUUGACGAUUCAUGUUCCAACAGCACAUUUCAGCAGGCCAGUACAGCAGGUUUUGAAUCGAGGAAAGGUAAUCAAAUGCUUCCAAACGGAACACAAAUCAAUCUUGAAGGCUUCAGGGCACCUUUAAGUUCAACAAAUUAUCUACCUACGGGAACAGUGCAAAAUUCUGCAAAAUCCAAAAUUCUAAUCAAGCAGUCCACUGUGGGAAGUUUGGAAGAAAAACCCGUGCAAAGUUUAACAGGAAGUAAUCAAAAGCCACCCCAUACCCAGCAACAAAAUAUUCCAGAAACUAUCACGAUCUUUCAGCCUUUGUAUAGUCAAACGUCACCUUUAUCAGUUGUUAUUCAAGGUUCUGAAAAACAAAUACUCGAUAAUUCCAUCAACUCUUUAAAUACGAACUCUUUGGGGACAAUUACCCCUCCUCAACAAUCAACACAGCCUGAUUCAAGGCGAUGCUCCUUCACUGCACACAACAGCAAUGUAUCAAAUGUACUUUCAGGUACUACCAUUUCUACUCAGUUUGUACCAGCAUCUACAGCACAUGCCUCACAACCCAUGCCUGAAAAACACAAGCCUUUAAACCAAACAAGGGAACAGGGUUUUUGCCUUGAUCUUGAAACAGGUGACGAGAGUAUCAGAACAGAAAUACAAAGACAGGAAGGUGCAUCUUCACCCCAAUCGGGGUCCUCUUCUGUCAAGGGAUUGGUUUCAUUAUUUAGUGACCUAAGUGGAAAACCAGCACAAGAAACACCAGGUCCCAUUAUAGCCGGGUCUACACCCAUGGUUGUAAAGUCUCAGGGAACACCUAAGGAGAUUAAUUCUGGCCAUGUUGCACAUUCUUCUGAUGUGAACAUACCAUCAAUAGUUAGUACCUUACAAUCUGAACCUGUAAACCAACAGAGAGACUUACCUCCUCGAUCGAUACUCAUUUCUGAAUCAUACCACAAUGUCAACAUUUUACCAUCCAGUGGCUCAAGCUAUCAAGAAUCUAUGAUAUCAUCUUCCAACGUCACGGUUCACCUAGCCCCAAAAAAGCAACAAUCAAGCCUACUGAGAUCAGAAUCUUUACUGUAUGAACUAGACAAUAGCAUGCCUUCCAAAGGUACUCUCAGUGAAGACAUGUUAGUGGAACCCUCAUGUAAAUUUUCUGGAGACUCUGACUCUGAAGCUUUACCAGAGGAACUUACUAAAGAAUCCUUCAGUCUCAGUACUGUAAGUGACCAAUCAGAGGACAAAAUAAGUGUACCUAGAUCUAUCUACGUUGGCAUUAAUGCUACGGACAUGUCGCCUGUUGAUAAACUGAUGGAUCCAAGUGAGCCAAGACCAUAUGUCAGACUACCCCAUAUAUUUAUCUCUGCCGCCAGUUCACCAGAAGAGGAGUUGACUGAAGAAUCAAAAGAAUAUGGCGCUGAUGAAGUUUCCACUUCAAUUGCUGUAACCCCUUCAGAGUGUCAGAAGUAUUUUGAACCUACUGAUGACAAUAUAUCUUUGGAUGAUGGAGCUACAGAUGCCAUUAGCACAGAGACAAUACCCUACUUAUCUGAGAGGUUACCAGAAACUACAAUAAAUGAUUUGACUGCAGGUGACCAAAGUGAAGGAAAGGAACAUUCUCUCACAGUAGCCUCUGUCUCAGAAGCUGAUCUCAAUGUAGAGAGACUUGCUGUUUGCGAAGAACUAGCUGAAAAACCUCUUGUGACUUUUGAAGAAGAUAAGUCACCUAGUGACCUGACAGCAUCAUCCCAAGAACCAGAAAAAAGUGCAGAAUCUCUAAGUGAAAGCAAAACAAUUACUUCAGAUGUUGACUCUGAUGAGUCUCUCAUUAAAUUGACAAAACCCCAAUCAGAUGUAAAACCUUUUAAAGAAGUCAGAGAACUUGACCUAAUGGAAAAAGAUGUUACUUGUCCUGUUUCUCAAAUUGAUUUUGUGAAAGACACUUCAAAUGACGAUAGUCCAGUUGCCAAACAUGAUCAAACGCCCAAUGGACAACAAGAAAAGAGUUUGUAUUCAAUGUUUGCAACCCCAGAGCAAACCGCUUCCCAAUCUGGGCAGUCCAUACUUGGAAGUACUCUUCCUGCUUCGACUACCAAAGAUAGCGCUGAUACUGGUUUGCUCUCAAUGUCUGGCGGGUCAAGUUCCCCAGUGUCCCCUGAAUCUGAAGGACCAUUGUCUCAGUCAACCCCACAAGAGCCACAAGGAAAAGGUCAACUCUCAAUGUUUGGUGGAUCAACUGUCCCUUCCCCUGAAACCAAAGGAUCAUCGCCUUCUUCAGCCUUACAAGAACCACAAGGAAAAGGGUUACUCUCAAUGUUUAGUGGGUCAAACGCCUCAGUGUCCCCUGAAACUGAAGGACCAUUGUCUCAGUCAAUCCCACAAGAGCCACAAGGAAAAGGUCUACUCUCAAUGUUUGGUGGGUCAAAUGUCCCUUCUCCUGAAACCAAAGGAUCAUCGCCUUCGUCAGCCUUACAAGAACCACAAGGAAAAGGGUUACUCUCAAUGUUUAGUGGGUCAAACGCCUCAGUGUCCCCUGAAACUGAAGGACCAUUGUCUCAGUCAAUCCCACAAGAGCCACAAGGAAAAGGUCUACUCUCAAUGUUUGGUGGGUCAAAUGUCCCUUCUCCUGAAACCAAAGGAUCAUUGCCUUCUUCAUCCUUACAAGAACCACAAGGAAAAGGGUUUCUCUCAAUGUUUAGUGGGGCACAUGCCUCUAUGACCCCUGAAACCAAAGGACCAUUACCUCAGUCAAUCCCACGAGAGCCACAAGGAAAAAGUGUACUCUCAAUGUUUGGCGGGUCAAAUGUCCCUUCUCCUGAAAUCAAAAGAUCGUCGCCAUCUUCAGCCUUACACGAACCACAAGGAAAAGGGUUACUCUCGAUGUUUAGUGGGUCAAAUGCCUCAGUGCUCCCUGAAACCAAAGGGCCAUUGCGCCAGUCAACCCCACAAGAGCCACAAGGAAAAGGUCUACUCUCAAUGUUUGCUGGGUCAGACAUCCCAGCCUCUCCUAGAAUCAGAGGACUGUCACCUGAUUCAACUCCACAAGAUCCACAAGGAAAAGGUUUACUGUCCAUGUUUGGGGGGUCUAACGUCCCAGCAUCUCUUGGAACCAAAGGACCAUCUCCAUCAUCAACCCCACAAGAAUCACAAGCAAAAGGUUUAUUGUCAAUGUUUGGUGGGUCCAAUACUAAUUCCCCAGGUGGACCUAGAAGUCCUACUGGAGGAAGUGUCCCACCAAAAGGUCCUGCACUUAAAGAACCACCAGGAAAAACCUUGUUUUCUAUGUUUACCGGACCUGCACCCCAGCAGGGACCAAGUCCAAGAGGUCCUCCUCCAGCUAGUGCCGGAUCUGCUUUAUUCAGCAGCAUCCUCCAAGGUUCUUCUUACAGUAAAGAAAGCCCAAGUUCAGGUCUGUUUUCCAAACUAACAGGUCCCAGUGCCCCAGUUCAAAGUGGACCAAGAACGCCUGUAGCUGGACAAACAGUAUCAUCAGGACUCAGAGCUUCAGAGCCCUCUGGAAAAGGACUGUUCUCAAUGUUUGGUGGGCAAAACCAACAAAAUCAGAUACCUGAAUCAGAGAGUAUUUUUAAAGUUUCUUCUGUGUUCUCGCUCGGAGGAAGCUCUGAUGGAAACAAAACCAAAACUGGGAUUGGUAUGUUUGGAAUGUCUUUCACAGAGGAGUUCAAAAAGGAGCCACAAUCAGUUGUUCUUGAGAAGGAGACUAGCAGUACAAGUGAAGAUGUAAAACUCCCAGAAACCAUAGUGGCUCGCCUGAUGGAUCCUUGCCCAAGUGGGGACAAAAAUCCCCCAAAAAUGAAAGAGGCUGUCGAGACAGAGACUCGCCAAACUGAGGACGUAAAAACCUCUGAGACUACAGAUAAUGCAGAUCCUAUCCCUUCCUAUUCAAACCAAGAUGACGUUAAAGCUAAAAAGGAAUGUGAAGAAACCCAAGACUGCACCAAACAAACAUUUGACAAUACUGUUCAGUUAACAGGAGAGGAAACAACUGAUAACAUUUCACCGUGUGGUGAAAAUGACUUUGGUGUUGUGUCAAAUACACAAACGUUAAUCAGUUUACCAGAGAGUGACACUAUACAUGCUAAAUUUAUGACUGCGUACAAACAAUCAGACAACCAACUGAGUGGAGAAGAUGACAAAGACGGUGAAUUAGACGUGAAGGACGGUGUACAAAAAUCUCAAACUGCUGUGGAUCCCGGUGAUGAUGAUGCAUUACCCGACAUAAAUGUCGUGGAGCAUUUGGUACCCAGUAUUGAAGACGUAAAAAUUUUUGAGCAAGAAAAAAACCUAAACCCUGAAGGAGCCCGAGAGAUUCUCUGUGAAGAUGGAGAACCCCACAUAGAGCAAUCAAAUCUAAAGGCAAAAAUGGUUGCUGUGAAAAAAACAAAUGGUAAAUCAUCAGAAGUAACUGGUGGUAAUAGUGUUGCAGAGGAUGAGGAAGCAACUGUAGCCAAGGCAGAGGAACCCACUGCAGAAUCAAUGACUCCACUCCCACCCUUAGAAAAAUCACAACCGGCACAGGAAUCAAAUAAGGAAGAAUCUUCAAUAGAACCACCACUGGCACAAGAGCAGCUCUCUAAUGGUUUUGUUCCAGUGAUCUCGACAAAAGAUGGCACUGGAGGUCAUGGAAUCAACCCACCAAAAAUCAUGCCUUCAGACACGGUACACAUUAAGGCUCCACCAUUGGGCCCUGAUUUACCUCCACCGCAGCCCACACCUAGGCCUCACUCAGAUAGAGCACCUUUCCCACCCAGACAAAGAAUGGGAGCACCAAGAAUGGGAGGUCCCCAACAGAUUGGGGGACCGAGAAUGCCCGGACCCAGACCACCAGGACCUCAUAAGCCCUCUGAGUCGACUCCGUUUUCUGGCUUCAUGUCAAUGUUUUCUAACUCUCCCAGCACACCCAGUAGACCAGCACCUCUUGGUGGAUUCUUCUCAACCUCACCUGGUUCCUUCUUUGGUUCUUCUGCUCCUCAUCAACCUCAAAAACCCCAACAACAACCACAAAAAAGCUCAUUUUUGGGGCUCCCGAGUAGCAUUGCCCCAGAAUCACUAGCAGGAGACAUUCUCGGGAUAUUGAAGGGUCCCGAAACAGCGAAAACUGAGGAACCUCAACUAUCAUCUGAGAAGAGUGAAGUACAGGUGAUGAGCACAGAGGACUUCAUCCCUGACAAUAGUUUAGAGGAGGAUGCAGAACAUGCAGAUAAGAAAGAUUGCAGUGAAAUUCCUACCCCUGAACAAGAAGUGGAAGUGAAACUUGUGGAGCAUGAAGAAGACUCUGAGAUGUCUGAAAAGGCAGUGUCACUUCCUCCUCCUGAAGCCCAAGGCCCUGGACCUGAUACCAAAACCACCUUGGAAAUACCAAACCUAUCUGCACCUAAAUUUGGCUUUUUAUCCAUUGCUACUGAAGGAACAUCAUCAAUCAGUUCCUUCUUCUCGUCCACUGCAUCUUCAACCAUGGACCUAAAACAAUCUCAGACCCCACAGACAGAGGGGGGUCUCCUCUCUGGUUUUAAAUCUUUCUCAGCAGGCAUUUUACAGGAUGAGAAGCGGUCAGGAACGGAAGAAUCAUCAUCGUUUUUUGACGUGAAACUCGGUUCGAUGUUCAGAAACUCAAAUCUUCCUAAGUCUGCAGUUGAGGUCAAUGUCCAACCACAGCUCGAAAGUCCAAAAGAUGCUAGUAAAGUAGACAAACUCUUCCAAGGUUCAAGAGACACAGAGAGUGACACGGAAGGACCGAGUGGGACUUCCAAAACCGGAAGCUGUGACAGCCUAGCCGAGUCACCGCAGACGGAACUUGCUUCUGAGUCUGCGUCCCUGGCAGAACAUUCGGAUGAACCUCAGGUACAAGUUAUCCCGUGUGAAGAAGGCGGCAGUGCGGCUAUACCGCUAAACACCGAACCGCUGAAGAACCUCCCGAACCAAGAAGCUACUCCAAGUCCGGCUCACAGCAGCCGCUUGAACUCUUUGGACAACCUGAGCAUGAGUAGCUCCCAGCUCAGCUCCGAACCCGAGUCGGGCUAUCCCUCGAGGGGAAGCCCCCACGCCCCUCUCCGGAGUCUCCAGCCACCCAAAUGGGACCAGGACAAGACAGAGAAUCCAACACCGGACACCGCUGAGUUGGGGGACUCCUCGGUCCAAGCAUCCAAACCCGCCUGGGACGAUGACGAUCACAAGACCAGGACAGAUUUCAACAUGUCAGUGGACGAUCCUCCACUGUGUUCUCCCUCAAAGAUCCGCUGGCUCAAAGCAUACUACAAAGUCAGGUCCAAGCACUUCCAGGGCCAAGAUGGCGACCCCGGCAGGCAGCUAUGCCAGCCACGGGAAAAUGCACCGUUUGGUAUUGACAGCACGCCAGACCUCCGAAAACGGAGGCCCAUUCCCCUUGUUAGUGAAGUGACCAUGAUCCAGUCCAAGAAGGCCGGCCUGUCCCAUACGUUGGCCACGCGGACCUCCCUCAAAGACAAAGAGCUUAAGUGCCACGUGUACAAAAAGACGCUGCAGGCUCUCAUCUACCCCAUCUCCUGCACCACGCCACACAAUUUUGAGGUGUGGACAGCCACCACACCCACCUACUGUUACGAGUGCGAGGGGCUGCUGUGGGGCAUCGCCCGGCAAGGCAUGCGCUGCGCCGAGUGCGGUGUCAAAGUCCACGAGAAGUGUCAGGAGCUGCUCAACGCCGACUGCCUGCAGCGAGCGGCCGAGAAGAGCUCCAAGACCGGAGCGGAGGACCGGACGCAGCACAUCAUCAUGGCCAUGAAGGACAGGAUGAAGAUUCGCGAGAGGAACAAGCCGGAGAUCUUUGAGGAGAUCCGCCGGGUGUUCGACAUAUCCAGGUCGGUUCACGGGCAGUACAUGAAGAACAUCAAGCAGAACAUCCUGGACGGAACCUCCAAGUGGUCAGCCAAGAUCACCAUCAACGUUGUGAGUGCACAAGGUCUCCAGGCCAAGGACCGCACUGGCUCCAGUGACCCAUACGUCACCAUCCAAGUGGGCAAGACCAAGAAGAGGACAAAGACCAUCUAUGGGAACUUGAACCCAGUCUGGGAGGAGAAGUUCAGCUUUGAGUGCCACAACUCGUCGGACCGCGUGAAACUGCGCGUGUGGGACGAGGAUGACGAUAUCAAGUCGCGUGUGAAGCACCGGUUCAAGAGGGAGUCGGAUGACUUCCUGGGCCAGAGCAUCAUCGAGGUCCGCACGCUCAGCGGCGAGAUGGACGUCUGGUACAACCUGGAAAAGCGAACCGACAAGUCGGCGGUGUCUGGUGCCGUUCGACUUCAGAUCAGCGUUGAGAUUGAAGGGGAGGAAAAGGUGGCGCCGUACCAUGUGCAGUACACCUGUCUUCAUGAGAACAUGUUCCACUUAGUGACGGACGUGGAGGGAGGCGGAAUGGUCAGGUUCCCAGUGGCGCAGGGCGACGACGCCUGGAAGGUUUAUUUUGACGAGGUGCAGCAGGAAGUAGUGGACGAGUUCGCCAUGCGAUACGGCGUUGAGUCCAUCUACCAGGCCAUGACCCACUUCUCGUGCCUGUCGUCCAAGUACAUGCUUGCGGGCGUGCCGGCCGUCAUGAGCACCCUGCUGGCCAACAUCAACGCCUUCUACGCGCAUCCCAGUGCCACCACCACCAACGUCUCAGCACCCGCCACGUUUGCUGCCUCCAACUUCGGGAAAGAUCGUUUUGUCAAACUUCUGGAUCAGCUGCAUAAUUCCCUGAGAAUCGACCUCUCCAUGUACAGAAACAACUUUCCCGCGAGCUGCAAGCCCCGCCUCCAAGACCUCAAAUCCACAGUGGACCUCCUCACCAGCAUCACCUUUUUCAGGAUGAAGGUCCUGGAGCUGCCGAGCCCCCCCAGGGCAUCUGCAGUGGUGCGUGACUGCGUCAAGGCCUGCCUCAACUCCACUUACGAGUACAUCUUCAACAACUGCCUGGAGCUCUUCAACCGCCAGUUCCAGACCACCCUCGCUCCUGAGCCAGAGAAGAAGAAAGAAAAAGUAGAGGGUGACGGAGAGGAGGAUAAGGAGGAAGAGGAGGAGGAAAAGAAAGAGGAGAGCCAGCCUCCCGAGGACCAAGGCCCAAGCAUCCAGAAUUUGGACUUCUGGCCCAAACUCAUCACGCUCAUCGUGUCCAUUAUUGAGGAGGACAAGAAUUCGUACACACCCAUCAUCAACCAGUUUCCUCAGGAACUAAAUGUUGGAAAAGUUAGUGCCGAGGUGAUGUGGGAGCUGUUCGCUCAGGACGUCAAGUACGCUCUUGAGGAGCACGAUCAUCAUCGUCUGUGUAAGGCUUCCGACUACAUGAAUCUUCACUUCAAGGUGAAGUGGCUCUACAACGAGUACAUCUCAGAUCUUCCGGCCUUCGCCGACGGCGUUCCUGAGUAUCCUGCGUGGUUCCUGCAGUUUGUCCUGGCUUGGCUGGCCGAGAAUGAAGAUGUGUCCAUGGAGUUUAUGCACGGAGCACUGGAGAGGGACAAGAGGGAAGGAUUCCAGUCGACAUCGGAGCAUGCAUUAUUCUCCUGCUCGGUGGUGGACAUUUUCACGCAGCUCAACCAAAGCUUCGGAAUAAUCCGCAAACUGGACUGCCCUGACCCCGCCGUGCUGGCUCACUACAACAGACGAUUCGCCAAGACCAUCAGCAAAGUCCUUCUGCAGUACUGCGCCCUGUUGGCCAAAAACUUUCCAUCCUACUGUGACAAAGAGAAGAUUCCGUGCGUGCUGAUGAACAAUAUCCAGCAGAUGAGAGUCCUUCUGGAGAGGAUGUUUGAGUCCAUGGGAGCCAAGCAGUUGGACACGGAAGCUGCCGACAUCCUCAACGAGCUACAAGAGAAACUCAGUGGCGUGCUUGACAACUUCAGUGCCAUGUUUGCCAAGAGCUUCCAGACGCGCAUCAACGCCUGCAUGCGUCAAAUGUCCGAGAUUCUGUACCAGAUGAGGGGGCCACCCAACCCCAACACGGCCGAGGGGGACGCCGACGUCAUGUUGAGACCGCUCAUGGAAUUCCUGGACGCCAAUCUAAGCGUGUUUGCAGACGUAUGUGAGAAGGCAGUCCUGAAGAAGGUCCUGAAAGAAUUGUGGAAGGCCGUCCUGUCUGGUCUGGAGAAGAACAUCGUGCUGCCAAACAGUAACGACAGCCUGGGUGCUCAGAUCCUUACUGCAGCCAAAGGACUGUCCAGCCUCAAGGGUGGCGGUGGAGCCGAGGCAAAAAUGCUGACUCCCAAGCAGUGCGCCGUGGUGGACGCCAGUCUGGAGACCCUCAAGCAAUAUUUCCACGCUGGUGGAAACGGCCUGAAGAAAUCUUUUGUGGAGAAAAGUCCCGAGUUGUCAUCGCUGAGUUACGCUCUGUCACUUUACUCCCAGAGCACGGACGCUCUCAUUCGGACUUUCGUCAGCACGCAACGCCAACAAGUGCACAACGGCCUGGGCAUUCGAAUCACACCCAAUGAGAAGACUCGACCUGAUCGAGGUUUUGGAGUGGAGAAACCAAUUGGAGAAGUCGUCUUACAGGUGGACGUCCUUACCAAGGAACGCAAAGUCAACGUUAAAGUGAUCAGCGUGAACGACAUUCGCUGGCAAACGUCCGGAAUGUUCCGUCCGUUCGUGGAGAUUUCGCUGCUGGGACCGGCGUUAGCAGACAAGAAGCGCAAGUUCACCACCAAGUCCAAAAACAACACCUGGAGCGCAAAGUUCAACGAGAGCUUCCAAUUCGUUUUGGGCAAAGAGGGUUGGGAGUGCUGCGAGCUCCACACGUCAGUCAAGGACUACUGCUUCGGGCGCGCCGACCGUGUGGUGGGCGUAGCCGUGGUGCAGCUCCGAGAUGUGGCAGAGCGCCGCACCUGCAUCUGCUGGUGCCCUCUGGGUCCGGGCAUCACCACUGAUCAGACCGGUACCACCGUCAUGCGCAUCCUGUCCCAGAGGCCCAAUGACGACAUCGCCAAGGAGUUCAUCAAGGUCAAGUCAGAGACCCGGCCCCCCGAGGAGGGCAGGUGAACGCGGGCCUCGCUUUUUUCCCGAAACUAGGCACUUUUGGAACACUAUUUUAUGGGGUUCUGGCAACCGGGCACACCAGAAAACUAAAAGAUCUUGGAACGUCACAUGGCAUUAGACGACCUUGGUGUUUGGACUGUGGUAAUUAUUGCCCUAAUGUAGUUCUGGGUAACUUAUCUGGGUUAAAAGAAAACCUUAAUAGGGGGCAGUACCUUGGAGGUGGCCAGAACCAUUGGCUCACUAACAAAUUUGACGGGUAUUUAUGACAAGAAUUUCAUGCUCCUGGAACUUUUCAGUAGCUUUUGAAGACCAUUGUGGGUUUGGACCGCAGGAAUUACUGCCUAAUUGUUGUUCUGAGGUUAUUGAGUGAGGCCAGAAGAAGACCCCGGUCGUGGGCUAGUAACUUUAGAGAGGCCCACCAACUACGAGUACCAAGAACUAAAGAUUCCAGAAACAUAAGGCGCAAUUUGCAACUUUUAGAAGACUCUUGUGUAUUUGAACCAUUGAAAGUAUUGUGAAACGUGGUUUACAGGGUCAUUUAUUGACUAAAAGAUGACCUUCCAACAUUUCUUACUUGUAUCUUUUAGUUCCCGGAACUACAAUUACAAAUACCUAAAGGUUCCUAGAACUUUAGUCUGAAAAUGGGUUUUUAGAAGACCAUCAUCAAAGUCCAUGAACCUCUCGGGCGGUCUCUGAACAAAUGUGAGUAAAACAGUUUAGUUCCCAGACCUACAACUACCAAGAAAUAUAUUUUCUAGGAACUUUCAGUGGAAGUAGAAACCUUUGGAGACGCUUUGUGUGUUUGGCCUGCAAGAAUUAUUGAGAACUAUUUAUCAAAGUCAAAAGAAGACCUUGCUAAGGGCAGGGUAGUACUUUAUAGAGGUGCAGAAUAUUUGAACAGCUCUAAAGACCAGGAAAUGCAAUUACCAAGAACUGGAAGUACCU